AUGGCCUUGAAUAACCACCUAAACGGAUCCGCCCCCAAGGGAUACCAAACUUUCGAGACCUCUUCCUCGAAAGCCGACUACAACCCCGCCCUUCUCCUCAACCCCAGAGGUUACGUCCCCUCGCCUACGAACAAUAAUGCACCCCAACCUUCCUUCAGCGAAGCGAACAGUACGGCCCCAAUGGAGUUCCAGUUUGCGACUGUCGAUGAGCAAUACGGGUUUGGGGGCUCGCUCAGCUUCCCCAAACAGCCUUCCGAACAAGCUGCACCGCACGUCAGUGGUUAUGGCAACAUGAUCGAGCGCAUGAACAAUGUUGAGGACCGACCAUCUGCCCCGCAGAAGCGCCGGAGACUUGAGACGGAAGAUAGCGCCGAGUCCACACAUGGAUUUGCGGCUGGUGGCAGCGGCAUGAUGGGGCAAUACAUGAAGGACAAGCAGCAUGAAUUUGCUCAGAGACCCGCCAACAGACCUACUGAGACAGUUGACCUGACAGACGCUGCGGAUAACGGCGAUGUAGUCGUCAUACAACAGCCGAAAGAUGAGGAAGUAUGCUACGGCAUGAUCCAGCAUGCCAAGUUGAACUGUGAUCUCGUCCCGAGCCCGAAACCUGGUGCCGUCGCGGUAAUGGGGGCAAAUUAUUGGCCCAUCGUCAAGGUUGUGCUCAAGAGGAAGCAUGGAGAAACGACCUCCAAAAUUGAAGCAUAUGACCACACCCGCCAGAUAGUUGGCCGCGUAGAUCCUAUCACAUCUGGCGGUCUCGCAACACUUCUCGAUUCCCCGCGCAUGCAAAUCAGGACUACUUGUAGAAUCCUGUCGAGACUAAAGGAGCCAAAUGAGGAGGUCGGCAAGCAUAUCUCCAAGAGUUACCCGCUAGAUCUGGUCGUCUAUGGUCCUCGUAAAAACGCCAGGGCAGUUGGCACGCACCUUGGUCGUAAAAACAUAUGGCUUAGAAAGCCUUUUGUUUACGACAAUGGUGUCAAGUACGAGAACCCACAGGAUAGGGAAGCACCAAGACAGCCAGCACCCGCUGCCAAGGAGCAGUUUACCGAUGCCCUGACUCAGGGGCCCCAGGCGUCGCGAACAGUCGAGGAGAUCCGUUCUGAAGUCAUGGGGGUCUUUGAUUCACUUACCAAAAGCGAGGAUCUUCCAGAGAUGACACCGGGUCCCCUAAUUACGACGGAACUGCUCAAGCACCAGAAGCAAGGCCUUCACUUCAUGACCAGAAAGGAACAGCCCCGUCAACUAAGUCUUGAUGGCAACACGGCCGACUCCUUUUGGCAGAUCCGGCUGGGUAACAACGGCCAGAGGCUCUAUCAUAACGUAAUCACGGGUUCCACUCAGCGCGAACAGCCCACGGAAACACUCGGUGGCAUACUUGCUGAUAUGAUGGGCUUGGGAAAGACCCUGAGCAUCUUGUCCCUCGUAGCUAGCUCACUCCAAGACGCAAAGACCUGGUCACAAACAGCGCCCGUCCAGCCUCGAGCACCUCCCCCCAAGAAGAACGGGGAUUCUUCCAAGAAGUUCAAUGUGCCAACUCCGGAACCGCUUGGUCUGACGAGGCUCAGGGGAAAUUCGAGGGCGACUCUCCUGGUCUGUCCCCUCAGCACCAUCACCAACUGGGAGGAACAGAUCAAGGCACACAUUCAGCCAAACAAGCUGAGCUACUACAUCUACCAUGGACCUAAUCGCAUCAAAGAUGCGAAGAAGCUUGCCCAGUACGAUCUUGUAAUGACGACCUACGGAUCUGUGGGCAGCGAAGUGGCAGCUCGAAGCAAGGGUAGGGGUGGGCCGUUCCCACUUGAAGAAAUAGGUUGGUUCCGGAUCGUAUUGGAUGAAGCCCAUAUGAUUCGAGAACAAUCGACUCUACAAUUCAAGGCCAUCUGUCGUCUGCAGGCCAGCCGUCGCUGGGCGGUUACGGGUACCCCUGUCCAGAAUAAACUCGAUGACCUCGCUGCACUUCUGGCUUUCUUGCGUCUCAAGCCAUUUGAUGAGAAGGGCAAAUUCAGUCAGUUUAUCACGGCUCCUUUCAAGAUUUGCGAUCCCGAGAUCGUGCCCAAGCUCCGAGUCCUCGUCGACAGUGUCACCCUGAGACGCUUGAAGGACAAGAUCGAUCUCCCUCCCAGGACGGACGAGAUCAUCCGACUGGACUUCGAUGCCAAAGAGCGCAAGCUAUACUCGCUCUUCGAGCAAAGCGCGCAGGACAAGGUUCAGGUCUUGGCCGCUGGCAGGGAGAAGAUGCUAGGUGGCAAAACUUACAUCCACAUCCUGCAAUCAAUUUUGAGACUUCGUCUGAUAUCCGCUCACGGAAGGGAUCUUCUCAAUGAUACGGACCUCGAACUCGUACAGGGCAUGACCGAGGAUUCUGCCAUCGACCUCGAUAGUGACGAGGACGACGAGAAGCCGGCAUUGGCUCAGUCAAGGGCUUAUGAGGCAUUUGCACUAAUGCAGGAAACCAACAAUGACUUGUGCAUCUCAUGCCAAAAGAGAAUCGGCGCAAAUGGGCCAGAACUCGAUCUGGAACGCGAGGACGACGUGAUAGGUUACAUGACCACAUGCUUCCAUCUUCUCUGCACUGGUUGCAUCACGGCAUACCAACAAGACGUUGGCCAUCAAGACUCAGGUACCUGCCCUUUCUGCCGAGCCCAUGUACGCUUUGCGCACAAUGAGCUUCGCAAGAGCAAGACAGCGGUUGAACAUGAAGGGCAUCGGCAAGACAAGCAUGAGUCUAAAGCUGGGUCGAAAGAUGGAUACAUUGGCUAUUCCGGACCUCAUACAAAGACGCGUGCGCUGGUAGAAGACCUCCUGAAGUCGGAAGCCGACAGCAAAGCGAAGCCCGAUGAACCUCCCUACAAGUCGGUGGUCUUCUCUGCGUGGACUUCUCACCUCGACCUCAUCCAGUUGGCGCUGGACAAAGUCGGCAUUCAUUACACCCGCCUCGACGGGAAAAUGACACGUAUAGCUCGUACUGCUGCCAUGGACGCUUUCCGUGAGGACAAGUCGGUACACGUCAUCCUGGUGUCCAUCUCAGCCGGCGGUCUUGGGUUGAACCUCACGACUGCAAACAGCGUCUACGUAAUGGAACCUCAGUACAACCCGGCAGCAGAAGCCCAGGCAGUUGACCGGGUACAUCGACUUGGGCAGAAGAGACCCGUCCGCACGGUUCGGUACAUCAUGCGCAACAGUAUUGAGGAGAAGAUGCUCAUCCUGCAGGACAAGAAGACGAAAUUGGCAAACCUCAGCAUGGACCGGGCCCGUGUUAUGGACAAGGCCGAGGCUGCCAAGCAGAAACUCAUGGACCUGCGUGACCUCUUCAAAUGA